AAAGGAUGCGUCAUUCUAUCAAUCCUUGCAAAUAGUACGAAUUCCCAGUGCAAUGCCUUCCAAGCUGUCCAAGGAUUCUUCUUAGAAUCAGUAAACACACCGGAGCGAGUCAUAAAUGUGCUUGCCCAUGGUGGAUGGAGUGUCUCUGUGAUGUCCAUGAUGAAUAUGGUGAAGUCACUAACAGUCGAGCGACAGAAAAUCAUACGUGAUCUAUCCAAGGAUGGUCUAUGUGCACUGGCAUAUGACAAUCUUGAUUUCGAUUUCAAGCCAAAGGAGGCCACGUUAGAAAAUCCUGGUACAUUUGAAAGCAUCACAACUGGUACUUUCAUACCAUUG